UACUUCCUGCCACCAGCUAAUUUCAAAAAUUCCCCCUGGACGCUGACAGCGCAUUGCCUUUAUCGAUCGUGGGCGCCCACAGAUUUUAUGCGGCGCUGACUGAUUUCCUUUCGCUAAUUGGUUAUUGGGCAAGUGCGUACGGCGCCAUCCUCCUUGUCGAACACCACUACUUCCGCAAAGGUGACUUCAGCACCUACGACCACGCCAUAUGGAACGUUCCGGGCCGUCUUCCCUGGGGAGCAGCUGCACUCACAGCUGGAAUACUGUCUUUUGCCCUGAUUAUACCCUGCAUGAAUCAGGUGUGGUACCAGGGCCCCAUCGGCAUCACCUCAGGUGAUAUCGGUUUCGAGAUUGCAUUCCCUCUUGCAGCCUUACUUUACAUCCCCCUUCGAAAGCUAGAGCUCAAAUACCAGAAUACCAAAUAGUAAGUACCGUUCGGUCGAGAUAGUUGUAAGUUAGAUGUGCGAUGUGCUACGGAACGUGUACUGUCUUACUGUGCCUAUUUCUAAUUUUACUUACCUUCGAUCAGAACAGCAAUCUAGGGUCGCUCCUAUCUUUUUCGCAUAAAGUAUGCUCACGAAGCAAUUGCAAAUCGAUCCUUCGGAGCCGAGAUAUCAUCCCCGGUGAGAAUCAGACAGUGCGAGAGACUCGCCGUUCGCGUCGUGCACUGCCAACUAAAACCGCCUCGCACGAUCUCGACAAGAACAUGCGGGCGAAUGCACGAUGCAAAGAUAGUCAGUAUCGUGUAUCGUCGUGCGAGGAUAGUUCGAGUUUUGACACAAUGCAGCACUGUAUUGCAUUUGUUGCAGACGAUUCAUAUCAUACAGGGAACGGUAGUUUACAUGCAAUACCGCGAAAGCAGUCCAACGCUCGUGCCUCGGGUCCGGUAUUUAUGUGUACGUCAUAUGCGCUAUAUCAGUCAGCCCUACAGCUGAGCGCUGAUCACCGAUCAUUGAUCAUCAAGAUGGCUGAGCCUGAGUUGCAUAGUCGGGACUUCGGAUGAAAGAAGUAAAUGUGAAAUAGUUAUGCACCUGUAUUAAAAUUUAAUGUCCAUCAGCGUGU